AUGCACAAUCCGACAAUAAGAUACCCAAAGCGACGGCCUCGAAAAAGUGUCGUUCGUUUCACAGGCGGAGGAGUUUGGAGUCUGUUGUCAUUAGUCCUGCUAGCUUCAGUGGAGAAAUCCAAGGCCUUUCAACUACAGGGCCCUUCCAAGGUUCAAGCAAGAGUCCGAUCUUCCACAUCUGCUUUAUAUGUAUCCCGAAGUACAUUGGAAGCCAAAGAAAAGAAAACCAAAGAUCUUCUUCAAUCUGAGUGGUUUGAUGAUUCGAUUGGAGAUGAUUCGCGAUUCACAAGCCCGGAUAUGGAAAUGCUAUUGGGAAUUGAGGAUCGUAUCAAGUGGGUACCGGCCAUGAUGCCAAUCAUUGCCUACUUUUUGUACGACCCAACGGCACAAGCCUUUGCCUUUCUCAUUGAUGCGAUUGCUCAAAACAACUUUGUGCCUGUGGAUGGUGGUCAAUAUCAGGCCAAGAUUAUUGCUCCUGCAAUCAAUGGGGUUGUUCUUCCAGCCGUUUCCAUUCUGUUUGCCAACCUGAUUGGUACCACCAUUACAACCCUGCGGCAGCGACAACUGGACAUUCGGACAAGUCUUAACUUGGAAGCGGGCCAACUUCGAAUCUUGCAGUCUCUACUAGAAGUGCUGAACAAUAAAGAAGAAAAACAGGUCUGUUUUGCGUAUCUUGCACAAUAUACCAGUCGAGUGAUUGCCGAAAGUCAACCGAUGCCAAGUGAUGCAUUGACGGGAUCCUUGGACACGGAACUGAAUGGAAUCCUACGAUCGCUGAAUCGAUUGGUGGUCAUGUCACAAGACGCAACGAAUAAACAAGUGACGCCGAAUCCCCUGGUCUUGGACAAGGCCUAUCAAUCCUGUACGAAAUUGUACGAUGAACGAGCCAAACGAGUGGCCGCAUUGCGAUCCACAUUUCCCACCUUGCAUUUUGGGAUCGUGGCUGCCCUUGCAUUCAGCAUUUGCAUUGCCUUUUUGUUGGAAUCCAAUCAAGACAUUCUAAUGUUUCUGAAUGCCAUUCAGCUUCGAAUCUUGUGGACCAUGUUGGUCGGGACCUUUUCCGCACUGGCGAUCGUCUGCUAUGACUUGGGCAAUCCCUUUCGGGGGAGCUAUCAAAUAUCAACGUCGGUGGAUCAGCUGUAUACAAUUCGAUUGGCACUGCGGGCAAACCUGUCCGAAUUGCGCUCGGAGGAGGCCGAAGGAUCCAAGACGGUAACAGCGUCAAACGGCUCGUCUAGCUAA